UUGUUCGCGAUUCGCGAGCGACAUUCCAAAAUUCCGCGUCGUUUCGCGAGCGAGAGGAACUCUGGACGAGAGGAGAUGUCCCACAAGUGGUUCCAGCGAGGAGACGACGCGUUCAAACCUCCGGAUAUUGGAAGAUAGCGAGCCGAGAUCGUUUCGACAGCCGCGGACGUCAUCGAGUUGGACCGAAAACGAUGAAGAUUCGCGAUUCAGAGCUCGAAGGAACGAAGGAAAGAUCAAGCAGAGCCUGAGCGAUCGCGUUCGGUCAUCGAAGAACAAUAAAAGGAGAACAGAAUCCUCAGACAGGCCUAGAUUCAAGUUUUUCAAAGAUAGAAAUAAAAGAUCUUCGGAAAGCACCAAGGAACAGGAGGCUGUUGAUAUCCCCGACCCCAAAGAGGAAGCACCUCGCAGCAAAUUACAUAAAAGCGAUUCCUUUCUCAGAAGACUUGUAAAGAACUCGAAGGAUAAUAUCACAGAAGGUUGCGAGAGGCUGGUCAGAAAUAUUCAAAAAAGUCCUCAGGUUCUACGGAAGAAAUUCUUGUCCAGUAGCAGCGACGAGGACAGACCUGUUCCUCCAGUCAGAAGAAAGAAAUCCGGAAGCAGAUCUCUGGAAAUUGAUCCAAUUAAAAAGUCUUCCAAGGAUUCUAAAGUUACAGAAUCCUCCAACAUCCGUAUCUCUGUUAUCGAUCCAGAGGACGAAUUCAAAGAUCAUUCACCUCAGAUACAAAAUAACAAUCACCAUCCUUUAGUCUCCUCUAAUCAAUCUCCCAAAAAUCAUAGAAGACCCUUUUUCAUAGAAGACAACUACGAUUCCUCCAAAAGUGUGUCCAUAGAGGACGUGGAGGACCUGAUCCGAAUAGAAGACAACCUAAGACUGCUCGAAGAACGUGUCUUAAUCAGAAGACGUUUGGAGAAGUCCACAAAGAUCCUCCAGACUCUUCACCUUAGCCAUCGAAGAUCUUGGAGCGAGGAGAGUCUGAGUCCAGGUAUCGAGCAGGUUCAUCGGAAACUUUGGACGGCAUUUCCUAUCUGCGGAGUGUCCGCUGAUUCAGUGGCGGUCGACUGCUCGCCGAUCGCUCACAGACGAUUCGUCCGUGUGGAUAAAUCAGUGGAGAGGAGAAUCAGGAGAGAAAAUUCAAGGUCGUCGGAUAGGGACAAGGUAGAUAACUGCGACAAGUGGUGGAAGGCUAAACGCUCGCCUCCGCCUGACGAGUGGCAGGUUCAUAGGUCGUCGAGGCUCGAGCUGGGUGAUAAGAAGCACGGGUCAGACGAUAAGCAACGCGUCUCGGCUAGGAAGUCAGGGAUACGCGGCGACGAGCUGCACGCGUCGACCGUCCGCGUAAAAUGCAAACUUGCGAAUUUCACGGAUGCCCGCCAGCAACCGGGCGGGGACGAGGCAGAGAGCAGACACUCGGAGCCUACGAAGAGGACGAGUGAACAGCUAGUCAACUCGAACACUCGUCACCCCACGACGUCUGUCCACUGUUCCAGCGUCGAGAUAGAAUCUGCUCCGUUCUACACAGUGAAAGAUGAACGAAUCGACGAUCACCUACCGGUAUUCCCUGGGAGAAAUAAUUCUGACCUCGUGACCGUUCGUGUCAAUCUGUCCAACCCUGGCGAAGAUGUACCGAGGACCAACGUAGUGCUCGAACCCCAGUUAUGUCAUCAUUUAAACGAUCAGACUUCGGGAAAGUCUACGAAUAAAUUUCAAGUAAGAUCAGUGCGUAAGAAAAAGGUGAAAGGUAAAUAUAGAAGCAUUCAAGAUUCCAACAGCUUGAAAAUGAAAUUCACCUUCAGGAUGAUUCGGAUCCGCGAUAAACUGAUGUUAUGCCUGAGCGCCUUCGCGAUAUUGUUCACUGUACUGUUAGUGAUGGACCUUCAGAUGGAUCUGGGUUACAGUGGACAUCAUCUGGUCCCUAGCCACGGACGGGUUAGGGUCGGCGACGAUCCGAACACGGACACGAUUUAUAACACGUUUCGACGGAAAUUCUUGCAGCGUGCUAACGCUAGCAAGGAACAGACGAGCGGCGACGCGGUUGGCACCACUCAGAACAGCGGUAAGGUGUCCGGUAACGAAGCUAAAGAGUCGAGGACCGAGAAGAACCAGGUGCACGAUAGUUUCUCGGAUUUAGUGGACCUUGUGGUGAACGGUUACGGUGUCGGUGCGUACGAGGGUGUGGCCAGGAUCAGCGGGGAGGAUCAUUCGUACAAUCCUACCUUGGGGGAACUGAGGAAAGUCGGCCCAAAGAAAAACAGCUCGACACUGGAGAAGUUUCACCUAAAGAUCUCCAGGACGGAACUCUACCCAACGAGCUCUAAAUACGUGGACCAAUUGUUGCACGAACUCGCAACAGAGCCUAUUAUACACGUUGUCCAGAAGGAAGGUGGCACGCAGUUGAAGCUCCAGAUAAACUAUUCGAACAUGCAGGCGCUCUUCAAGCCGAUGAGGUUUCCGCGGGAACAACAGACCCUGCCGAAUCAUUUCUAUUUCACCGAUUUCGAGAGGCACACGGCGGAAAUAGCGGCGUUCCACUUGGACAGGCUUCUGGGAUUCCGCAGGGCGAUGCCGGUCACCGGUCGAACGUUGAACCUAACGACAGAGAUUUAUCAGAUCGCCGACGGUGAACUGUUGAAGACGUUCUUCGUCAGUCCGGCUGGAAAUAUCUGCUUCCACGGGAAGUGCAGUUAUUACUGCGAUACCGCUCACGCGAUUUGCGGAAAUCCGGACACUCUGGAAGGUAGCUUCGCCGCGUACCUGCCGGAUAAAUCUUUCGCCGCUAGGAAAGCCUGGCGACAUCCCUGGAGAAGAAGUUAUCACAAGCGGAAAAAGGCGCAAUGGGAGCACGAUUCCGAUUACUGUUCGUUGGUGAAGGAAAUACCGCCUUACGACGAGGGUCGAAGGUUGCUGGAUCUGAUGGAUAUGGCUGUUUUCGACUUUCUCAUGGGCAACAUGGACAGACACCAUUACGAGACCUUCAAAAUAUUCGGCAACAACACGUUCCCUCUGCACUUGGAUCACGGCAGAGGAUUUGGCAGGCCUUUCCACGAUGAAAUAUCCAUCUUGGCUCCUAUUUUGCAGUGCUGCAUGAUCAGGCAGACCACCUUGAGCACCCUUUUAAAAUUUCAUAACGGACCGAUGCCAUUGAGCGAAGCGUUGAAGAGAAGCAUGGCAAAGGACCCCGUGGCACCUGUUUUAUGGGAACCCCACCUUACAGCCCUCGACAGAAGGGUGCGAGUCGUGCUCCAAGCCAUCAGGGACUGUAUAAAUCGCGACGAUUCGGGCCAGGUUGUGCACGAAAGAACUGAGAACGCCGCGUCCUAGCCUCGUCGAGGCUUCACAGUGAAAGAAACUAAAUGAAACUGUUGUUAGAAAGCGAGAGGGACCUACGUUUCGAUCGCAACUUCCUGUAAAAAGAAUCUGUAAAAAAAGAAGAUGAACUACCUGCGUAUAACAAAAGGCUAGUGGUGAACGUCUGAGUGAUGAAACUGAGCGAGUGAAUAUAAGAAGUCUAUUCACGGUUACUAGGGGGUAUUCGUUGUUAAUUAAAGUCAUUGACUUUUAUAGCUUUAACGUUGAUUUGCCUUCGUCCAUUCGAAGCUUUCGUUGAAAUUUACUUGAAAUUGUUAUUUGUUAUCGGUCCAACAUUCUUACUUUGAUUAUUAUGCAGAACAGAAUUGAUCCAGAUAUAUUUUAUUGUAAAUAGGAACACUUUCCAUUAUUCUAUCUAAAAAUUUCUCAAUAAGAUUUAUUCUUAAAUGGUAAAUUAAAAUGGGAACUUGUUCUGUAUAAUUAUCCCACUUCUUUUCUUCUUCUCUGUUUCAUUGUUUUGUAUUCUAAGGAAACAUUGUACAAAGACAGACUGUGUACAUAGUGUAUGUAUCAUAGAAUAGAGAAAGAGAGGUAUUGAAAUCAGUUUAAAACGCACUGCUUUUCGUGUACAUAGAACACCAGAGAAGAGUCAAUAUCGCUUUUCAGGGUCAGAUUAAUUUUUCCAUCAGUGAUUCGACUUCAACUUGAUUUAAUUCUCUUUGAUGUUGAAUCUUUCCUCAACGAUGAAACUCGUCCUCAAGAAAACGAAGGAGUUUUCUGAGUUCCUCGCGAUAAUACGAUGCACUAUUGCUCGAUGAUCUAAAGUCAAAUUUUUUUACAGAAAUCGAGUCUUCGAGGAGAGAUAAGGCGAGGAGCGUGUUUGUCUGAUGUGUGCGUGAGAGGCGUCUUUUGUAAAGUGUGCUUUUCAUACGCAUGAUACUUCUGUGAAACGUUUCCAAAGUGCACCUGUACUUGUAAGUGGACUUUUUUUUCUCUUUUUUGGGCAGUGAGGAAAAGAAAAGAGCUCUGUUGAAAAA